GUGGGCGCUGACAGAACAACACCGCCACUUUUGAGCUCAUCAUUAACCGUUAUAAACACACCGUAGAAAUGGUUAAGAAACCAGCCUGAACACAACGCUAGAGUUAUGUCUUUUCGAUAGAGUCUCCAGACAUACGAAAAAGGUCAAAGAUGGUUCAGAACAGUGCUCAGAUUCGACGGCAGGGUCCUCAUGACUUCAUGGCAUACUAUGAGUUUUCAUGUGCGAAGCAGGACUCGGUUCCUCUCCGUGCUGUAAAGAUAAACUUAGAUAAAGGAAUGCUGGACUUUAACGGAGACAAGCUGAAAUUAGUGGACUGGCCGCCUAUUCUCAGCUCUAUAUCUAUCAACAAGCACCUGCAUCAUAUUGCAAUAAGCAGCACAUUUCAGGCAGGUGUAGCUUUUGCAGAUUCAGAUAUAAGUUACGGUAAGUAUGGCAGCAGGAGGAAGAUCCCCCCCAUUCGCUCCAAGGACAUGACAUUUAAACUGUGUAAGACUCUGAGAGAGUGUCUCACUGUCUCUCCCUGCCUCAAGACUCUUCAUCUUCACGGACUUCCAUUGAGAGAGAGGGACCUUAUCACUUUAACAAAGGGUUUGGCACAAAGCUCUUCCGUGGAAAACCUUUCUCUGGCUAACUGUCCCAUCUCUGAUGAGGGCUUAGAAAUCAUUUGCCAAAGUGUGAAAUAUUCUACAAGCAUUAGAUCGGUGGAUUUUACUGGAUGCAAUCUAACCUGGAUAGGAGCGGAGCAUAUGGCCAAUAUCAUCAAGCACCAGGCGAUGCAGAGACACAGCGCUGCGUGGGCAGAGUCCCUGAGGUAUCGACUUCCUCAAUUCGAUGUAAUGAGCGGCCUCCGUCGCGUCACUUUAAAUGGAAACUCUUUGAUCGGGGAUCGCGGUGCUGCUGCUCUUGCACACGAGCUGACUGAGGACCUGUGGGUUAAAGCAGUGGAUCUACAGAAGUGUGGUCUGUCCAAUGAAGGAGCACGUCGUUUGUUAGAAGCUCUGAAAACGAAUUCCUCUCUGUGUGUGUUGGAUAUCCGCAAUAACCCUUUAGUUGACAAAGUUUUAAUUAAAACUGUGAUCGAGAAAGUACUAAUGAUCGCUAAGGGACAAUCAUCGGAGUACUGCUGGAUAAAACCAACUAGCACAGAGUCACAGAAAGCGUCUGGGCCGAAAAGAGGAGUCAUACCCGUUACAGUAAGACGAAGAUCAACAUAUAGGAAAGGAGCCUCUGUAGGUCAGAGUUCAGCUGUUGCUCAGCCCAAGAAGCUAUCUUCUCGCUCCAGUUUGAUUCCAUGGCGUGCGGCUGCACGAGCUGGACGCCAAAGAGGUCUUCCUGGCGUUACCGUCAUAAACCAGAGCUUCGAGGGUGCGGCGGCAGUCGAAGUCACUGUGGAGUCAAACUCAGAGGUCGAGGACAGUGAAAAUGAAGAAUUGGUGGUGGAAGUGGGGCAGGCAUCAUCUUCUCUUGGAGCCACGGACAGAAUAACUGGACAACAGUAUGAUCGCAUUCAGAUGGAGCUAAAGGAGUGCCGUCUGAGUUUGGCAGCGGAGCGCAGGGCUCGACUAAGAGCAGAGUCCAGGCUCCAGGAGUGCGAGUUGGAGAAUGGUUAUCUUCGUGAUGCCAACCGUUCGCUGUCCGAAGCUCUAGGAGCUCCUGGCUCUGGAUCAGCACUUCGGACUUUCAGCUCUCUUGAAGACGAGACAGUCCUGGAGAGCAUCGAGAACUCAUUCAAUAAGUUCCACGCCUUCCUGGAUCUCCUAAAGGAUGCAGGCCUUGGUCAGCUGGCAUCAAUGGCCGGGAUCAACACCUCCGAUUUCCAGCCUCUUGGAAAACCUCAGCUGUCCUCUACAGUGGGACCACAGCAGGAACGUGCCGCCUCAACAACCGCAGGCCAGUUUAGGGAUGUUCAAGCACAGUCUCAUAACGCUUCUUUGGCAGGUAGAGUGACACCCUUUCCUCCUGGUGCAACAGCCUUCUUUCCCACUAGUCGGCCUCCUUCCUUGCAUAAAGACAGAUUAGUGGAUGUGACCUUUAAUCACACUGGAUUAGACGCAGCAGCCCCGGCGCUGCCUGGAGAGGAGGAGCCACAUCAAUAUUUUCGGCCUGAUACGCAGCCCGACUUCGGCUCUGAGCACAGCCAGAAGUCGUUUGACCAUUUUCCUUUCGGUAAAACCUUCCAGUCUCAACCAAGCAGGCAGGGGAUGGAAACCAGCUCCAACAGAAGCAGCAGUUACCACGGAAACGGCUUAAGCAACAACUCCAUGUACAGUGGAGAAUCUCAGAACAACAGCACCCACGGUGGCUUCCCUGAGAGUGUCAGCGAGAUUAUGAGUGACAAGGGAGAGUCUCUGGGGUCAGUGGGGUCAGUGAGCAGUGGGAAUAGGAGGCCGAUGUUUGGUCAGCCGGGGUCAGAGGGAUCAGAGGGUUCGGAGAGAGGAGCUUACUCUCUGAAUCAAAUCGGAUCUCUUGGAGGUCAGUCAGUAGAUAAGUUCUUUUGAUGUUACAUGAAAAUGUAAUAAUCCUACUUUGUCAGACUUUUCUAUAACUUAUCUUUUUUGUACUGAUUGAAACAUUAGUGUGGAAACUGGUGGCCUUUUAAAUUUUUUUGUAAGACAAUAUCAGGAGUGUUGCUUUUUUUUAAGAGACUGAAGUGAACCAGAUAUAUUGUUUGUAUUACAUUUGCAAAUCUUUUUAGUGUAUGACUGGAAAUAUUUAGCAAAGUAAGAGUAGAUCCCUGGGCUUCCGAAUCAACACUACCUCAGUAUAGUGUUUAUAUCUGUACUGUUCCAGUAAUCUAAUAAAAUUGCCUUAUUUUCUCUGUGGGCCUAAUUAUUUUCUCUUCUUGGAAUUAAAUAAUUUAGUUGUACCUGUUCAAAAUAUCUGUUUGGUCAUUGUGAUAUGAAUCUUGCGUUGUACAAUUUAAUAAACAUUUUUGUUUAAAAUA